CCCGGGGCGCUCGCGGAGGGCUCGGCCGCCAGCGACCGAGCGGGGCCCGGCCCGAGCGGGGCCUGGGGGUGCGACGCCGAGGGCGGGGGAGCGCGCGCCGCUGCUCCGGACCGGGCCGCGCGCGCCGCCUCAGGAACCGUCACCAUUGCUGGGACCUGAUAAGGAACCCGUGCCAGUUCCCGGGGCACCUCUCCUCACGGCCUUGGCUAUAACCAGUCUCCGAACGUCUGAUGCCUGGGCCACACUUGACGUUGUGCAUUUUGGGGGAUGCUGGGAUCACCUGGCUUGAGCGGCCUCAUCUGUGUCACGCGGAACAGGUGUGACAGCUUCUCCGCGGCAGUCAUGGGGUCUGAGGAUCAUGGGGCCCAGAACCCGAGCUGUAAAAUCAUGACGUUUCGUCCAACCAUGGAGGAAUUUAAGGACUUCAACAAAUACGUGGCCUACAUCGAGUCCCAGGGAGCCCACCGGGCAGGCCUGGCCAAGAUCAUCCCCCCAAAGGAGUGGAAGCCCAGGCAGACGUACGAUGACAUCGAUGAUGUGGUCAUCCCAGCACCCAUCCAGCAGGUGGUCACGGGCCAGUCAGGCCUCUUCACACAGUACAACAUCCAGAAAAAGGCCAUGACCGUCGGGGAGUACCGCCGCCUGGCCAACAGCGAGAAGUACUGUACCCCGCGGCACCAGGACUUCGAUGACCUGGAGCGCAAGUACUGGAAGAACCUGACCUUCGUGUCCCCCAUCUACGGGGCAGACAUCAGCGGCUCUCUGUAUGACGACGACGUGGCCCAGUGGAACAUCGGGAGCCUGCGGACCAUCCUGGACAUGGUGGAGCGUGAGUGUGGCACCAUCAUCGAGGGCGUCAACACCCCCUACCUGUACUUCGGCAUGUGGAAGACCACCUUCGCCUGGCACACGGAGGACAUGGACCUGUACAGUAUCAACUACCUGCACUUCGGGGAGCCCAAGUCCUGGUACGCCAUCCCGCCGGAGCACGGCAAGCGCCUGGAGCGGCUGGCCAUCGGGUUCUUCCCCGGAAGCUCCCAGGGCUGUGAUGCUUUCCUGCGGCACAAGAUGACCCUCAUCUCACCCAUCAUCCUCAAGAAGUACGGCAUCCCGUUCAGCCGGAUCACACAGGAGGCCGGGGAGUUCAUGAUCACGUUUCCCUACGGCUACCAUGCCGGAUUCAAUCACGGCUUCAACUGUGCAGAAUCUACCAACUUUGCCACUCUGCGGUGGAUUGAUUAUGGCAAGGUGGCCACGCAGUGCACGUGCCGGAAGGACAUGGUCAAGAUCUCCAUGGAUGUGUUCGUGCGUAUCCUGCAGCCGGAACGCUACGAGCUGUGGAAGCAAGGCAAGGACCUGACCGUGCUCGACCACACCCGGCCCACGGCCCUGAGCAGCCCGGAGCUGAGCACCUGGAGCGCCUCCCGGGCCUCGCUCAAGGCCAAACUCCUGCGCAGACAAAUUAGUCUGAAAGAAAACAGACACUGGAGAAAGACUGAGGAGGACAGAAAGGCCAGUCUAGAAAGGAAGAAAGAGCAGCCCAGGAGGCCGGGGCCGCCGUCCCACCGGAAAAGGAGCCAGCCCAAGAAGCCCAAGCCGGAAGACCCCAAGUUGCCAGGGGAAGGGGCCACUGGGGCCACGCUCCUGGAGGAGCCUGGCGGCCUGAAGGAGGAGGCCUCGCAGGAGGCGGACCCCGAGGAGGAGGAGGAGGAGCCCCAACUGACACUGCCGCAGGGUCGGGAGGCUGAGGCCACGGAAGAAGAUGGGAGGGGCAAGCUGCGGCCGGCCAAGGCCAGGAGCGACAGGAGGAAGAAGAGCUAUGGUCCUCCGCACCCCCACCACCCCCUCUUGCCCCAGCUGCCGCCGCCCCCACCCACCCAGUUCCCCGCCGAGGAGGUGUCCCGGCCGCCGCCCCAGCUGGAGCCCCCGGUACUGGCCCCGGGCCCUGUGCCCGCUGAGGAGAACCCCCUGCCGCCACCUCUCAACGUCGUGCCCCCCGAGGCACCUGGCGAAGAGCCAGAGGUGAAGCCGCGCCCCAUCAUCCCCAUGCUGUAUGUGGUGCCGCGGCCCGGCACGGCGUGUGACAAGGGCCGCGUGUCCUGCCAGCAGGCCUUUGAGCACUUUGCCCAGAGGGGCCCCACCUGGAAGGAACAGGCAGCCCCCAUGGAGCUGACGGGUCCCGAGGAGGAGAGCGGAGCCGGCGAGGUACAGGCUCCGUCCACGUUUUCCAAACUGAAGAUGGAGAUCAAGAAGAGCCGCCGCCACCCCCUGGGCAAGCCGCCCGCCCGCUCCCCACUGACCGUGGUCAAGCAGGAGGCCUCGAGUGACGAGGAAGCCUUCCCUUUCUCCGGGGAGGAGGACAUGAGUGACCCCGAGGCCUUGAGGCCUUUGCUCUCCCUGCAGUGGAAGAACAAGGCUGCCAGUUUCCAGGCCGAGAGGAAGUUCAAUGCCGCGGCCGCGCUGACCGAGCCCUUCUGCGCCAUCUGCACCCUCUUCUACCCCUACAGCCAGUCCCUACAGACUGAGAAGGAGGCUCCCCAGGCCUCCCUCGGGGAGGGUCCCUCGGCUGCUCCGCCUUCCAAAAGCGGCCAGAAGACGCGGCCGCUGGUCCCCGAGAUGUGCUUUACGGCCAGCGGUGAGAACACGGAGCCCCUCCCCGCCAGCUCCUACAUCGGAGACGACGGGACCAGCCUGCUGAUCGCCUGCGCCAAGUGUUACCUGCAGGUCCACGCCAGCUGCUACGGCAUCCGCCCCGAGCUGGUGAACGAAGGCUGGACGUGUUCCCGGUGCACGGCCCACGCCUGGACUGCGGAGUGCUGUCUCUGCAACCUGCGGGGAGGAGCCCUGCAGAUGACGACCGACCGGAGGUGGAUCCAUGUGAUCUGUGCCAUUGCUGUCCCCGAAGCGCGCUUCCUGAACGUGAUGGAGCGCCACCCCGUGGACAUCAGUGCCAUCCCUGAGCAGCGGUGGAAGCUGAAGUGCGUGUACUGCCGGAAGCGGAUGAAGAAGGUGUCGGGUGCCUGCAUCCAGUGCUCGUGCGAGCACUGCUCCACCUCCUUCCACGUGACCUGUGCCCACGCCGCUGGGGUCCUCAUGGAGCCGGACGACUGGCCCUACGUCGUCUCUAUCACCUGCUUCAAGCACAAGUCAGGGGGCCACCCUGCCCAGUUCCUGAGGGCCGUGUCCUUGGGCCAGACGGUCAUCACCAAGAACCGCAACGGGCUCUACUACCGCUGCCGGGUCAUUGGCUCCAGCGCGCAGACCUUCUACGAGGUGAACUUCGACGACGGGUCCUACAGCGACAACCUGUACCCGGAGAGCAUUACUAGCAGGGACUGCGUCCGGCUGGGACCCCCGCCUGAGGGGGAGUUUGUGGAGCUGCGGUGGGCAGACGGCAACAUGUACAAGGCCAGGUUCAUUUCCUCUGUGACGAGCCACGUCUACCAGGUGGAGUUUGAGGACGGGUCCCAGCUGACGGUGAAGCGUGGGGACAUCUUCACCCUGGACGAGGAGCUCCCCAAGAGGGUCCGGUCGCGGCUGUCGCUCAGCACGGGGGCGCCGCAGGAGACCGCCUUCUCGGGGGAGGACGUGAAGGCCGCCAAGCGCCCGCGGGUGGGCACCCCGCGGGCCCCCGAGGACUCAGGGCGGAACCCGGACUACCUGGCGUUCAUGGAGAGCCUCCUGCAGGCGCAGUGUCGGCCCGGGGCCCCGUUCUAGGACAGCCAGCCGCCCGGCGACCCCUUGGCCCAGCAAGGCAGGCGGCGGCGGGCCCUGGCGUUUGCUUGCUGUGAAUUCCUGUCCUCGCCUCCCCCGGCCCCGAGAGGCUACCUCCGCGCGCGGCCGCCCCGCUCCACGGCGACAGGAGUGAGCAGGACGCCGGCGCGCGGCCCGGACUCAGGGAGCAGGGCCACGCGGGCUCUGGGGGGUCCGGCCGGGGACUCGCCACCCUCCCCCCACGACUCAGAUCCGUAAACCAUGUAAGCUCUUCUUCUCGAAAAGGUGCUACUGCAUUGCCUGCCUCCUGAGCAGCCUUUGAGAUUGUGACUUGUGUACAGACAUCACCUUUGUGAGGCUCUUUCUAGAAAUACCUAUUGUUUAAAAAAAAAAAACCUGAGAAAAAAAGGAAAACGAAGAAAAGGAAAAAAAUCCCCAACGUUGUUUUCUAGAUUUGUGGCUUUAACAAUGAAGCAAAACGAAACAAAAAUGUUCUUUUUCUCAGAACCAAGAUACACCGAGGGAGAUAAAAGCAUCUCGUUUUUUUUUUGUUUGUUUGUUUGUUUGUCAUUGUUUUAAAACCUCGCUUGUCUCCGCGAGCAGCAGGGAGGCCUGGGCAGGGCAACGGGGCGGCAUGGUCGCGGGCCUGGCCCUUGUCUCCCCAUGACUUGGCCAAGGUCUGGGCGGCUGGUACCGCCUCCUCGGCCCGCGCCACGGCUCCGUGCCAACAGGAGGAGGCCGGCCGCGCACUUUGGAGGCGACCGUCGUCAUGGGGGUCCAGGAGUCCCCCUCCGGUCCACGCACGCUGUCACAGAAUAAACACUCUCUCCUCUGGUUUGCUUCUUCCCCUGGUGAGAACCCACCGCAUGGCUGAGGCCUCCAGUGUUUGCAGAAGGGCUAGGUGCCCACAGAGUGUCCCCAGCACCGCCCGGGGGCCCUCCUGUUGCCCUCCUCCCGCCAGGUGGGUGGCUGGCUGCCUGUAGCCUGCUGGGGAGGGACGACGCAGGGCCAUGCAGGCCUCCGGGUGGCCUGAGUCUGGCUGUUUCCCUGUGCGGGCAAGGCCUGUGUCCCUGGGCUCUGGCCACCCAGGCACCCCCCUGGCCCCCCGCGUUGGCUGCUGUCCGCGUGCAGAGGGGCGCACACCUUGAACCCUGAGGGGCCAGUGGCACCCUGUGUCCCAUUGGGAAGCGUGGAUUUGUGCGUCUGGGGGGGCAGCCGGAGAGAACUAGACCCGCCUCCGGAGAGCUGGAGAUUGGAUUUAUGAGAGCGUGCCUGCGAGGGGCUUGGGAACCCCCCGCCCCCUGCCCCGGGGAGCCUUUCCCGUUGUGGGAGGGCCCCUGCUGUCCUGCCCAGGGACCGACAGCAUAAUUUUGCUUGUGUAAAAAAAAAAAUUAAAAAUUUAAAAAAAAAGAGUGUUCUGAUGGUUGCCAGGCCAGAAAGAACUAUUAUAAGGAGAACGGAAAGAAUGUAAAUGAGCCGGGAACCUUUCAUUUGCUUGGUGGGGGGGCGGGGGGCAGGUGCCCUGGAGCGGGGCGGGGGCGGGAGGCCCGGAGGGGAGUCAGCCGGGAUGUGGGGGUUUCCCUGCCCAGACGCGGCACUGUGUUCAUAUGUAGUUUGAAAAUGCUAUUUAUAUUGUACAGAGAACAAAAAGCGGGCUGGCCCUCUGGGUCGGGGGUGGGGGGGGCCAGACCCAGGGGGUCUUUCUGGGUCUAGGGUGACAUGCAGACAGGCCGCGGCUCAACAGGGAGACGCACAUUUCCCUGCAAAGGUAUAUCCGUGUCUAUGUACAAAAUCGAAAAACAAAAAAACCCAUCCACUCUGAUUUUUCUCCCACCCGAGAUUAAGGAUGCGCUGUAUUUUUGCCUAAUUUCCCCUGCCUCUAGGUUCAUAAUGAAUUAAAGGCUCGUGAGCACUGCGAAUUACA